CACUUUGAGAUCAGUCGUCUCUCGGACGCCGGAGUAUUGGUGCUGCGUCCGAGGUUCUUCCUAGCGCGUAUUUCGCGUUUUUUCUCCCUUUUUUCACUUUGCACUACCUUCCUUUUCACUCUCUAUCUUUCUCUUUAAUACACAUAAUUCUUUCUUUUCUCGUCCUUUUUUCACAAUUUUCCUUUUACAAUCUUUCUUAAUUUUUUCUCAUCGAGUUCUCUUUUCUUUUCUUUUUCUCUUUCUCUCUCUUUCUCUCUCUUUUUCUCUCUUUUUCUCCUUUUUCUUUCCUUCUUUUGUCUUUACAUCGUUUACAUCACAGAACAGAGAUAUACAUUUUGCGCCGCAAAAAACGUGAGAAAGCUCGAUGACGUUGUCACGCGAUUCGGUUGAUCCUUGAACAUUGAUUGCCCUGAAAAAGAAAAAGUGCACAAGGCAGUAGAGUGCGAAGAAAAGUGCAUCGCGGGAAAUAUCAAGGAGUAGCGCUAACUACGAGGCUUUAACUAAAAUGAAGAAAAAGAACGUUAGGCGAAGGAGGAGAAGGAGGUACGAAGGGUUGGGAGUGGCGGCUUAUCGACGAAGCGUUAAAUUCUGCAGAAUCGAUGAUGCUCUCGGGGGCGCGUCGACAUCUUGGAUCAUCGUUAAAUUCCUCCUAACGUGAGCUCUCUCGCCUUCCGAUCGAUGAUCCUUAGGCCGAUUGAUACUACGGUGACACAUCAUGUUAUCUGAAUCCGCUGUUCGAAAAUUAUACUUCAAGAAGAGGCUGAAAAUCGGCGACUUGCCGGAUAUAUCGAAGAUUAAUGCACGCUCUCGGAUAAUAAAAUGAGCAAGAGCGUGGAAUUGCUUGCUGGAUCGGAGGACAGUGAACCAAUACCAGCCGGAUGUUGGAUCAUACCGGAAUUGCUUAUGGAUCUUGCAAAUUUUAAUACGAAUAUGAACUGUCUUCGGUCGUGCCUAAAAAUGAAUGAAAGUAAAAAAAAGAACAAAAAAAGAGGAAAGAAUAUGAAAAAAAUAUGGUUGUGGAUCACAUGUUCAGAUAACACGACAGAGGAAAGAUCCAGACUGAAUUUGAACGGGAGCAGACAGCUUUCGAAAAGCGCCACGGAGCUCCGGAACAACGAAAUCGAGAAACUCUCGCCGUCGCGGCGCGGCGAGGUCGGUGGUGAGUCCGGGGUGAUACAUCACCACCGGCAUCAUCGACACGCGACGUCGGUGGCACAGCGUACGCACACAUUCUUUGCGACUCUGAAAAGCCGCUGGUCUCGUAGCCGUAGUAAAGAACGAAAAAAAUCGAAGGAUGGUGGCGGAGUAUCAACGACCCAAGAGUCAACAAGCUUUAAGACACCUGGCAUCGAGUCUGAUUAUACGGCUGAUUAUUCCUCUGAACAUAGCAGGAGUUCAUCGGCCACACAAAGUCCAGCCAGGCAUUGUCUCAAACAUCCCGAAUCACCGCUGACACGAGUAGGAAGAGAAAAAAUCUUAACCCUGCAAGAGGAUAGUCCUGGAAAAUGCAGCGAUGCAUCUUCGAAGGGAUCUUUAAAUCGUCAGAGUUUCAAGGACGUUAAUACGAGCGAGGAAGCACGCGGUUCCAUGUCGAAUCAAGAUGGGGCCUUCGUUCAGGACGAGAUUAUACGGAGGAGGGAGAUAGCACUGAGACAGCACGCUUUCUUUCAGCUUCGUCUUCACAUUAGGAGGGGUGUCAAUCUGAUGGCCAUGGACAGAUGUGGUGCUAGCGAUCCUUACGUGAAGAUAAAGUCUGCUGGAAGGUUAUUACACAAAUCACGAACGGUUCACCGUGAUUUAAAUCCAGUUUGGGACGAGAGCGUGACUCUGCCAAUAGAAGAUCCUUUCCAACCGCUUACCAUCAAGGUCUUCGAUUACGACUGGGGUCUCCAGGAUGACUUCAUGGGAGCUGCUCAGUUGGAUUUGACGCAAUUCGAUCUUGGCUAUGCUCAAGACGUCACUUUGGAAUUAAAAGAUCCAGCCAGGCCGAAGCAACAUUUGGGUGAAAUCUGUCUCACUGCUACGCUAUGGCCAAGAAAUCAACAGGAAAAGGAACAGUACUUUCAGAAAACCAAUCGAUUGGCGGACGUAAAUAGAAAACUAAAAUCGCAGAUAUGGAGUUCGGUGGUAACAAUUGUUCUGGUCGAAGCAAAAAGUUUGUUGCCGAUGGAUAUAGAUGGUUUGUCCGAUCCCUACGUUAAAUUUCGCCUCGGUACGGAGAAAUACAAAUCAAAAGUGGUGAACAAGACAUUAAAUCCUGUGUGGCUCGAACAAUUUGAUCUUCAUCUUUACGAGGACCCUUAUCUAGGACAGGAAUUGGAAGUAACAGUUUGGGAUCGUGAUAGAAGUCAUCAGGACGAUCUUAUGGGUAAAACCGUAAUAGAUUUAGCAACGUUGGAACGAGAAACUACUCAUCGAUUAUGGCGAGAUCUCGAGGAUGGUUCCGGAAGUAUAUUUCUUCUGUUAACAAUCAGUGGAACUACAGCGAGCGAGACUAUAA